GCGGAGCGGCGCGGGCCGAGCGCGGGGCCGAGGGCCGGGCGGGCGCAGCGCGGCGGAGGCCGGAGCAGCCGAGCCGGAGCCGGAGCCCGAGCGCGACCGCCGCCUGCCGGGCCUCCCCUCGCCGCGGCCGGCCGCCGCGCUCCCGCCCGGGAGCCCAGCUAUGUACUCCCCGUACUGCCUCACCCAGGAUGAGUUCCACCCGUUCAUCGAGGCGCUGCUGCCUCACGUCCGAGCAUUCUCCUACACCUGGUUCAACCUGCAGGCUCGGAAGCGCAAGUACUUCAAGAAGCAUGAGAAGCGAAUGUCAAAGGACGAGGAGCGGGCGGUGAAGGACGAGCUGCUGGGCGAGAAGCCCGAGAUCAAGCAGAAGUGGGCAUCCCGGCUGCUGGCCAAGCUGCGCAAAGACAUCCGGCCCGAGUUCCGGGAGGACUUUGUGCUGACCAUCACCGGCAAGAAACCCCCCUGCUGCGUGCUCUCCAACCCCGACCAGAAGGGCAAGAUCCGGCGGAUUGACUGCCUGCGCCAGGCCGACAAGGUGUGGCGGCUGGACCUGGUCAUGGUGAUUUUGUUUAAGGGGAUCCCCCUGGAAAGUACUGAUGGGGAGCGACUCUACAAGUCGCCCCAGUGCUCGAACCCCGGCCUGUGCGUCCAGCCACAUCAUAUUGGCGUCACAAUCAAAGAACUGGAUCUUUAUCUGGCUUACUUUGUCCACACUCCGGAAUCCGGACAAUCAGAUAGUUCAAACCAGCAAGGAGAUGCGGACAUCAAACCACUGCCCAACGGGCACUUAAGUUUCCAGGACUGUUUUGUGACUUCCGGGGUCUGGAAUGUGACGGAGCUGGUGAGAGUAUCACAGACUCCUGUGGCCACAGCAUCAGGGCCCAACUUCUCGCUGGCAGACUUGGAGAGUCCCAGCUACUACAACAUAAACCAGGUGACCCUGGGGCGGCGGUCCAUCACCUCCCCUCCCUCCACCAGCACCACCAAGCGCCCCAAGUCCAUUGAUGACAGUGAGAUGGAGAGCCCUGUCGACGACGUGUUCUAUCCCGGGACAGGCCGUUCCCCAGCAGCUGGCAGCAGCCAGUCCAGGUGGCCCAACGAUGUGGAUGCAGGCCCGGCUUCUCUAAAGAAGUCAGGAAAGCUGGACUUCUGCAGUGCCCUCUCCUCUCAGGGCAGCUCCCCACGCAUGGCUUUCACCCACCACCCGCUGCCUGUGCUUGCUGGAGUCAGACCAGGGAGCCCCCGGGCCACGGCGUCAGCCCUGCACUUCCCCUCCACGUCCAUCAUCCAGCAGUCGAGCCCAUACUUCACACACCCGACCAUCCGCUACCACCACCACCAUGGGCAGGACUCACUGAAGGAGUUUGUGCAGUUUGUGUGCUCGGAUGGUUCAGGCCAGGCCACCGGACAGCCCAACGGUAGCGGCCAGGGCAAAGUCCCGGGGUCAUUUUUGCUACCGCCGCCGCCUCCAGUGGCCAGACCUGUGCCCCUUCCUAUGCCUGAUUCCAAAUCCACCAGCACUGCCCCAGACGGCGCCGCCUUGACUCCUCCAUCACCUUCAUUCGCAGCGACAGGCGCCUCCUCUGCCAACCGGUUUGUCAGCAUCGGACCCCGGGACGGCAACUUUCUGAACAUCCCACAGCAGUCUCAGUCCUGGUUCCUCUGAUAAGAUCGACAAAGAAACAGCAAAAUGAAAAGAAGAGGUUCCUCAAAAGGGGGGAGAAGAAAUUUUGAGACAUGGAAAAAUCCCCCAGCCCAGCCCAGCCCCACCGAAAAGCAAAAAAUUAGACGUCGUCAGCCACUCAGCCCUUCUCUCCUCCGGCCCGGGACCCCUGCAGGCCCCCGAAGCAGCCCAGUUCUCAGAGAGCCCUCGGAAGGGGUCUCAGCGGAGCUGUGCACCAGCAGCCAAGCAGAAAGAAACAUGCAAAACGGACUCUGCCAAGCAGAGGACAGACAGAAAGAAAGGAUGCGGCAGGACUGCCUUCCUCCCCACCCCAGCCUGGCCUUCUGGGGAAGGAGCACAAUUCCCAAACAGAGCUACCAGCACAGUUCUGAAGGGGCCUGGCCCCCACCUUCACCCUUCCUAGGGAACCCCACUCUCCACUCCAGCCUGAGCUUUCCUAGGGAGCCUGGAAGACUUGCUUGUAAAGAUGAUGGGAUGUAGGUUGGCGAGCUCUCCCUUCUAGACUUUACCCCCCUCCUUCCCACCCUUCUUGACUCGGUUCUGGCUUCUACCCCCAGCUGCUCCAGACCAGGUGAGGGAGGCCCUCGGGUGGGCAGGGGGUACCCCCUGGAGCUACCUGCUAUGUCAGCCCAGAAUGGAAGGUGUUCUGCCGUUCCACCCUGAGCUGCAGGGGCAGUUCUGAGGCCCCAGAGCCCUCUAUACAGUCCACAGGAGAAAGAUGGAAUGCUCUUAACUGAUCCCACCCCAGCUUGGGACAGGCCUCCUAUUCCCUCUCUGAAGACCAGGAGGGCUGUUCCCUUAUCCUGCCAGGAGUGAAGGGAGUUGGGCUCCAGGUCGCCCCUGCACCCCAGCCCCGCAUGCAGGUGCCCUCGCUGGGCCCCAUCGGUCCCUGCCCCUGCCCCUCAUGCUUACAGCACUGCUGGGGCCAGCCCGAGAUGGAGCAGAAAGGGGACCCCGGAGCCAAUCAAGGAGGAUGAGGCAGCUGCUGCUGCUGCUGCUGCUGCUGCUGCUAAGCUGCCACCUGCGCUUAGGUAGGCGUCCUGCUCCGCCGACUUUCAGUUCCUUUGGAGGGUGUUGGGUGUUGUCCUUUUCAAAAGUGUUUUGGAGCUUUCUGUCCCCCACCUUUCCCACCACACCCACCCCCCAUGGCCACUUCUCUCUGGAUUUAGCUGUAAUGUCUUUACUCUUUAUUUAGGGGUGGGGCAGUCAUUGUUUGGGUCUUUUGCUGUUGCAAUUGGGUAUUCCUCCUCCAUUUGAGCAACUUGGGAACAAUUUGGUAACACACCACAGGAAGUAGCUCCCCCCUAGUCCCCUCCUUCCCCAAGGGAUGGUGGGGGCCUGUCCAGAGGUUCUUUAGAAGUCCUCCUGGGAGGGAGGGGAGCAUGAGCACGCCCAGCCCCCUCCAGGGUGUGACUUGGCCCCUCUGGCUUGUCUUUCUGUGCCUUACUCCCUCUUUCCUGCGUCUCCGCUCCCCGGCCCCCUUCUCAAGUCCUUGUGCCUCUCUUUCUCUCUUUCUUAACGGUAUGAAAACACAAAGCACAGGUCAGGAUCCUCUGAAAGUCAAUCAGUCCAACAUUGCACCAGUAGGGGUGGGUUAUGGGCUUUAUUUAUUGAGAAUCUAGUUUGUGAGGCUGUAGCCCUGAGCCGGCGGAAGGAGGGAAGGAGCCGCCCGGGGAGAGAGGAGGGCCAUUACCUGGGUUUGCGGGGCCCGCAGGUGGCGCCUGCUCCCCAGCGCGAAGCCGCUAGGUGGCUGGCCCCAGGGGCGGCUUCUGUUGGAAAUUGAGGGAAGCCCUCCCCCGCUCUCCUCGGCGUUCCACGCUGAGAGGACCCCAGGGCUGAGGGGCAGGAGAUCCCGCGGGAGAUUCCUGGGGCGUGGGAAGCAAGGCCCCGGGGUGGGGGGCCGGGCGGGCCGGGCGUGACGCGCGGUCAAAGUGCAAUGAUUUUUCAGUUCGGUUGGCUAAACAGGGUCAGAGCUAAGAGGAGCGGAAGCGGGGGUCCCUGCCCGGCCGCGUGCGCCCCUUCCGUCGAAGACAAUCGGGGCCGCGAAGUGCUGUGGCACUGUGGGAGCCGGGGUCUGUGGGCACCCGCCCGGGCGAGGUCGGAAGCUGCAGGCCAGCUGGGCCCGGCGGGGUCGUUUGGGCGGGCAAGGGGCGCUCCUUUCCCAAGUGGUGGUGUGAGGGGCAGGCGAAGGGCAAUGAGGGCGACAGAUGUGGGUACGUGUCAGGAGAGGAAAAAAAAAAAAAAAAAAAACCCACAAAAAAUAUAUAUGGGGGAAAUGAACUUUUUUUUUUCAUUGAACCAAGUGCAAUGCAUCAGAGAGUUUUCCUAUCUUUGUAUGUUAAAGAGAUUGUUAAGAAAAAAAUUCUAUUUUUGUUGUAAUGUCCUCGCGGCUCUGGGGACGCUAAAAGAACUAGGCCUGCCCCGCCCUGCGCGGGGAUGACGAAAGCUGAGUGUUUUUUCCUUUCCUUUUUUUUUUUUUUUCUUUCUUUUUUCUUUUCCUUCCUUUUUUUUUUUUUAAGUCGUUUUCCUGCGUUGACGAGGAUGAUCUGGGGUUUUUAUUUGUUUCGUCGUUCGUUCUCGGUUUCGGUGGGAGGGCUGAAGGAAACGUUCACAUUUUGGAGUUAAAAAAAAAAAAAACCACCUCGACAUUAAAAAAAAAAAAACCAACACAAGAUCAAAAAGGAAAAAAAGGACGAGAGAAAAUUAUUUUAGGAUAAUUAAAUAUAAAAACCCUGGUGCUUCUUACAUUAUAAAGUACGUUUUAAAAACCCACAAACUAUUAUACAUAAGUUUAUGAAUCAAUUAAAUAUCCUGCACUUGUUAGGAACACGCAUAUCCCUUCUUUGUUGAGUUUAACGGAACGGGACAGCGGCGUGCGCCCGGCGGCUGGGCUGCUCUUGCCGCGGAUCUCCCCGGGCGCCCCUCCCUGGGCCCAGCGCCCCCUUCUCGCCCCAUCCCCGUCUGGGCACCGGGGCACGGCAGGGGGUCCCCAGUCCCUCCCCCGCAGAGGUCAAUGCCAACGAACAAAUGUUCCCUCCCCGCUCCCUCUCCGCCCCGAGCGCCCUUCUUGGAGCCAGACGCCAACUUGACCCUCACCAGCAUUAUCAGGAGCGCGCUCAGCAAGUUGGUAGUUUCCUCCCCGAACCCCUUCCCCCGUGACCCCCAACUCAACAUCACUUCUCCCUUCCCCGGCCCGCUCCGGGGAGCACCCUGAAGGCUCGAUGCCCCAGGACAGGACCAGCCACGCUGACAGGUUGAUUUGCCCAGGCCCGCGCUCGCACGCACGCACGCACACGGCCCCGCACAUAGCCCCGCCCCACCCCGCAACCAGCCCUGUCGACUGCCUUACACACCCGCCCCCGCGCUGGCCGGCCGACCUAGUGCCUUGUUCUCACCCCCGUGCUGGCGGAGCGGACGCCGCGCUCUGGGUCCCAGAGGGGCCGGGUGGCUCAGACGACCCACCACUUCCCCACCCUGACCGUGCUGAACGGACCCCCCCCACACACACACACGAGAGAAAAUAAGGAGCAAUAAAGUCACGAGAACUUUUGUCCCCCAAUCGAGAGCCCGAGGGGCACCCUAGCCCCACCUCUGCUGCCCCCACCCCACCCACCCUUGGGGCGCCCCCUUCACCCCGCAAGCCAGCCUGGGCCAGCCCCGCUUCAGCCCCUCCCGGGAGAUCCGUGCGCCCGACCAGCACCAGCAUCGCGGACCGCAAAGGCCGCCCGUCCCGUCAAACAAGUUUCUUCUUAGGCUAAGAAACGCAGUAUAUACGAGUAUCUCUAUAUAUAGUACUAAUGGAUUUGGUGUGCUUCCCCCUUAGCGUCCCCCUCCCUCUGCUCCUCCUCCUUCAGCCUGGUCUCCCCCUUCUCUGCCCUCCCCCCGCCCCCCGUCUCUGCACUGAGAUACAUAAGAAACAAGGGUAGUUUACUGUCUGUUUUGUUUUCUGGGUUUUCAGUGUCCUAGCGGAAUGCAAGUAGGCAGCCAGCCCGUCUGUUCCCUCUCCGCCCCGCCCCGCCCCGCCCCCGUCACUGCGCUUCUGUUAUACCAUCUUUGCCUGACUCUCUCCGGCUUCUCCAUUGAAUGGCUAAUGUGUAUGUGAAAUAAAGAAAUAAAGAAAAACAAAAGCAAGA